AUGGAGGAACACGAUGCUCUCGGGGGAUGGGGAAUCACUGUGGCUCUGGGGAGUGGCGUUCUCGCACUCAUCUAUAUAUACAACAGCUGGUGGUUUCGACGAAUGAGAAAGGAGGGGUUGCCCGGGCCCCGGGGACUACCCAUCCUAGGGAGUAUCCCGCACGUGAUUAGGAACGGCAUAAUGGAGUCGGAAGAUGGUUGGAUGAAACAAUAUGGCGACGUAUUCGGCUGGGUGAGCGGUCAGCAGGUUAACGUUGUUGUCAAAGAUCCUGCACUCUUAAAGGAGGUGUUGGUGAAGGAUUUCUCCCACUUCACGGACAGAGGCCCCAACAUCAGCGGACACCCUGUAAUGAGUAAGCAUGUGUUUGCUGCAGAAGGAAAGGCCUGGAAACGAAUCCGCGCUAUUCUUAGUCCUACUUUCAGUACCGGCAAGAUGAAGUUGAUGAAUGAAGAUAUAAAUCGUUGUUCCAAAAUGCUCGCGGCGAAACUGAAGGAAGCAGCAAAUGCCAAGAAAGUCAUCGACCCAAAAGAAUAUUUUGGAGCCUUCACAAUGGACGUCAUAUCCGCUACUGCCUUUAGCCUCGAUGUGGACUCGCAAACAAACAAGGAUGACCCGUUCGUCAAGAACGCCAGAGGACUUUUUGUCCCCAGGAAAAGUUUUCUCUAUAUCAUUUCAUUAGCCACUUUAUUCCCUCCGCUGAGACACUUAUUUAGUUGGUUACAAAUGGGAUUUUUCUCCGGUAAUGUUGUGGAUUUCUUCGUCAGGACUGUUAAUAUGAUGGUACAAGAUCGGCGACAAAACCCGAACAUAAGAAGAGACUUCCUACAGCUUAUGAUGAAUGCUGAAUUGGAAAAUACCGCCGAAAAUAGCGACUUGAUUUCUGUGAACAAAAAAUUAUCAACGGAUGAGAUAAUAGCAUCGUCAGUUUUAUUUUUUGUCGCUGGCUACGAAACUACAGCAUCAUUGUUACAAUAUUCUGCCUAUGAACUAGCAGUGAAUCCGGAUAUACAUGAGCGCAUGCUCCAAGAAAUACAAGAUACUAUAGGGGAUGAAGAGCCAGUUUACGAAAAUAUCCGCCAGCUGACAUAUAUGGACCAGGUGUUGUACGAAGUCCUCCGGAAGUACCCUCCGGUGAACAGAUUAACUCGGUCAGCCUCGGAAGACCGUGUCAUCGAUGGGGUCACUUUGCGGAAAGGGUUCCGAGUGGUCAUUCCAAUCUACAAUAUACAUCACGAUCCAAGAUUUUACCCGGAACCGGAAGUAUUCAACCCAGAAAGAUUUGCUGACAGAUCUGCUCAAAACAGCGUUCAAUUUUUAUCAUUCGGAUUCGGUCCACGGAUUUGUCUUGGGCUUCGGUUAGCUAUGAUGGAGACAAAAAUCGCCAUGGUUCACCUUUUGAGGAAUGUCAAAUUUAUUACAUGCACAGAAACCCAGAUACCCUUAGAGCUCUCAAAAAGACCCGGAUUGACUCAGCCGAAGAAAACUAUAUCUUUGAUGGUGGAGUCAAGAAACUGAACUCUCUAAUGACCGGGAACUUUAUCCCACCACACAGUCCAGCUUACAGCACGUGUCCCGACACGUGGUAUACGGCACAUUAUUAUACAAUCAUGAAGACAGUAUACAGUGAAUUUACGUCAUUGAAUGUAGCAGGAUCUAUCGGACAGACAAAAAGACGUUAAUUUUUACACUACACUUUAGUUCUUACAUUCCAGUCUUCUAUGAUUUUCUAAGAAUUAGACAAUGGACAAGUAUUUAAUUACGUUAUAAUCUUUAAUGGAUAGCAAUGCAAUGCAGUUUAGUAUUGUGUAUUUGUAUAGUCUAAUCUAAAAGUGAGUAUAAUAGAUAUAUAUUGUUACAAGGCAAUCAAAGGAUUCACAUUCCAACAACUUGGUGGUCUUUACCUUAUCUGUAAUCUGUUAAUUUAUCCUGAACGAAUUCAUCAGUCGUAAUUGCCAGGUUUAUAUUAAAUCUGGGUUUAGAGAUCAAUAUAUAUAUUUAGAUACACACUAGGUAUGGAUCACAUUACAAUAUGAUAUCACAGAUAUAGAAAUUAGGAAGAUUCGUGCUAAUUAUAGUCACAGAGACACAAAAUUCUGUAACCAACUAACCGAUCAACAAGUCGUAUCUAUUUCCUAGUCUAAUUACCAAGAAUAGUAUAUUAACACUGUACGUUAACCUGUACAUCUUACAUAUCAAUUAUACAUAUACAAGAUAUAUAUAUAUAUAUAUAUGAUUUAACCUGA